AUGGAGGAGGAUGACGAGGGCGGAGGGGCUGGAUGCACUACAACAAAAGGGCGCGAUUCCCGCUCUGCGAAAAAUCGAGGGAAGAUGUUCCGCAACAAAAUCCUAGUUCGAGCCUCCCCUCCUCCUUCCUCCUCUUUCUCUCUCCUCCCCCUCUCUCUCCCCAUCGCCGGCGAUCGAUCUCCUCCAUUAUCGAACUCCAUCGAUCUCCAAACUCUUUGCUGCAGGCUCUCGAGGACUUGGCGCCUCGCCUGCUUCCUUCACGCCGGUGACAUCUUCGUAGUCUAUCAGCGCGAAUCUGCUGCUCGUGUCGUAGAUGACCUUGUAAGAUCGAUUCCUGGCAUCGAAGUAAGUAAAAUUGGUAUUGUCUACAGAGCAAAGCUUAUGGAUAUUUGUUUACUUGCAGAAAUUGGGAUUUUGUAUUGGCAUUUGAAUCCGAAAAACUAUGAAAAUGAUGAAGAACUAAACAAGAUUCGUGAAACCAGGGGAUACAACUAUAUGGAUCUUUUGGACUUUUGUCCUGAAAAAAUUGAGAACUAUGAAGAGAAGCUGAGGAACUUUUACACAGAGCACAUCCAUGCUGAUGAAGAGAUCCGUUAUUGUCUGGAAGGAAGCGGGUAUUUUGAUGUCCGUGACAAAGAUGACCGUUGGAUAAGAAUCUGGAUCAAAGGAGGAGACAUGAUUAUAUUACCGGCUGGGAUCUACCAUCGCUUCACCCUCGACACUUCAAACUAUGUGAAGCUGAUGAGAUUGUUCAAAGGAGAACCAGUUUGGACUGCUUACAAUCGCCCUCAAGAAGCUCAUCCAGCAAGGCAAGAAUACAUCAAGAAUGUAGUGGAAAAUUCGGGCAUUGCGCUUGAAGCACAUUAGUUCAUGUUAUUCACCUCACUAUGCAUGGGCUUCUAUGGUACUCUGCUCAUGCACCUGUUUAAUUAUCCUUAUUAGUUAUGGGUAUUUACAUUAUGGUGUCAUCAUUCUAUGAGCGAUCAUAAACAGAGACAGGUAUUUUUAUGCAAAGGGGUUGUAGUUGUAAAGCUAUAUAGCAUAUUGAAGAGGCUGAGCACAUAUCCAGUGUCA